AUGAAGUCCGAUCCGAGCACAAGAAAAUCCGAAGCCCUCAGUGAGUUCCACCAGGAACGCAGACACAAAACAAAAGAUUGCAUCGCCCUCAGGCAAGAGUUUGUAAACAUGUUGCAGCAGGGACACCUCAAAGAGCUUAUAAGCGACAAGGGGAGAAACAGCUUCGCAAGAGGACAUGAAUUACAAGGCCCGCCGAAGCCACCAUCACCAGCUCGCACUAUGAACAUAAUCAUCGGCGGCAACAACGGCGCCUCCAUCAACAUCAAUAAAUUCACUACCACUCACAAGCGCAAACGAUCCAUCACACGCGAAUGGUAUGACGGACUCAAAAAAAGUAUCAUAUUCGACGAGUCAGAUGCCGACGAUUUGACUUUUCCUCACAAUGAUGCUCUCGUCAUUACUUUGCGCAUUUUAGAUACUGACGUCAGACGUAUCAUGGUAGACGAUGGAAGCUGA